CUUGUCUCAUCCGUGGUUGCAAUUCAUUGGUUGCUGUGAUAUAAACAGGUCCACAUCCUUCAUUCUUAGUUCAAGGCUGACGAUAAGUGAUAUCAUAAAUCACAUUUUAAGUUAGCGGAUAUCUGACCCUGCAAACUGGGAACCAUGAAAGUUGUCAUAGUUGCAUUGAUACUGUGCUGUGCCGUCAUCAAUGCGUAUGGGCGCCCAAUUGAACAACUGGACGAGAAACGCGUUUACAAACGAAAUAAUCCAGAGAAAGAUUCAAUACUGGUCAUGAGAGCGCAUGUAGGCAUUCACUCCAAUGAGGGAAGUGACGAAAGUUUAGUUAAAGAACCAGAGGAGGAAGAAGAAGAAGAUGAGGAAGAGUCACCCAGCGGAGACGAAGGGUCCUCUAACGAGGAACAUCAAUCAGAAAACGAUGAAACAAUCGAUGAUGCUGCGGACUCAAACAAUGAUCAUCACGAGAACGAACACGAUGAUGAAGACGAUAAUGAUGAUGACGACGACGACGACGAUGAAGAUGAAGAUUGAUUUGCUUUAUUACGUCACAGCUUCCUUAGGUGAACGUAGGGAAUGGAUAGUUGGAACAGAAUCAUAGUUGGAUCAAGUCAUUGUUUUUGUAAUCACGUUCAGAAA